CAAACUUUAACUCUUAUGCCCCUCUACCCACUCUAUUAUAUCACCACCAAAUUUCCAAAUACUAAAUCAUAUUCAUACCUUUUGAGACUUUUGUAUAGCCAAUACUCUUUAACUUAUUCUUUUCUCAUUUUCUAUUAAUCAUUACCAAACUUCAACUCUUUUGCUCCUCUACCAACUCUAUUAUAUCACCACCAAAUUUCCAAAUACUAAAUCAUAUUCAUACCUUUUGAGUUCUCUUAUGGCUAUUACUUUUUCUCCGUGCAUCCUCUUCAGCCUCUACUUCACCAUUUUCUCAAUCUUUUUGAGCAAAUCCAUUGAUGGAUUUCACACUAAGCGGUUUGUCCAAGAAACAAAAGCGACUGAUAACACAAAAACCCUCCAUUUCUACUUCCAUGACAUCCUUAGUGGCAAAAACCCAACUGCUGUGAAUAUUCUCAAACCCUCAGGUGGUUCAAUUUCUAGCUUUGGUAGCACCAUGAUGAUUGAUGAUGCACUAACUGAUGAGCAAGAUUCCAAUUCAAAUAUCAUUGGAAGAGCUCAAGGAUUUUACUCUGUGGCAUCACAAAGUGAAUUGGCAUUUCUUAUGGUCAUGACUUUUUCUUUCACGGAAGGUGAGUAUAGUGGAAGUACCCUCAGCAUUGUUGGCCGGAAUCCGGUAAUGAACGACGUGAGAGAAAUGCCGGUGGUCGGAGGCACCGGAAAGUUCCGGUUUGCCCGUGGAUAUGCCUUGGCUCAUACAGUUUGGUUUGAUGCUUCUACAGGGGAUGCCACUGUUGAGUACAAUGUUCACUUGUUGCAAGAUGGAGUUUCUUCAGUUUCAGUUUCAAGUCAGGGUUAUACUAAUACUUAUUCAUUUUUGUUUUCUCUUUUCCUUUUAAUUAUUAGUAAUUCAUGUGCUAGUUUCAUUGAGCCUUUCUCAUAUUAAAUUCUCCUUUUUUCUUUUUC